AUGGCCAAUACUGGACUCGAACGCUCAGCUACGUUUCUAACCGAAGUAUGGACACUCUUCGCGAUAGGGAUUCUGGUCCUCUUUGCUCGAUUCGCCGUGCGUAUCAAGACCGUCGGCCUCAGGGGUCUUCAGGGCGAUGAUCUGUUUGCAUUGAUCAUCGUUUUUAUGUAUACUGGUGAUGCUGUACUAGUUCACCUCGUAUACCUCUUAGGAUCGAACGUUGAUGCAGCCACGUUCCAGCGCACCCGUCCUCUUUCCGAUGAAGAGGUGGCCCAAUAUAGGAUCGGAUCCAUAUGCCAGUUCACAGCGUGGUUCACGUACUCGGCGCUUCUGUGGAGUCUUAAAGGCGUCAUGCUGUGCUUCUUCAAACGACUUACUAUGGGUCUCUGGCAAGCUAGGCUUACAAACUGGUUAAUGUGGAUAUGUGCUGGAUCAUAUUUUGUCGUCUUACUCACAGUUAUUUUUACAUGCUUUCCUACGGACAAAAACUGGCAGGUUGUGCCUGAUCCGGGUCUCAAAUGCACCUUUAGAUCGCAGAACUUCAUCGUCACCGCCAUACUCAAUGUCAUCACUGACCUCGCCAUCCUGGCCAUCCCGGUCCCGAUUCUGUGGCAGCUUCAAGUUUCAUGGAAGAAGAAGCUUUUUGUCGGCAUACUCAUUUGCUCUGGCUUCUUUGUUAUAGCAGCAGCAAUCGUCCGGGUCACUCUGACUGUCGGUGCGAAUCCGAGUGGUACGAACGUCAACCGCUGGGGCGUACGAGAGACCCUCGUUGGUAUCAUCGCCGCCAACCUCCCAGUAUUGGGCCCAGUAACCACCAAGAAGUUCUGGAAUGGGGGACGGCUCACAUCCCGACGCUACAGCAAGACCACGAUCGGCGGACGCAGUAGCUCGACCUGGCACCACAGCUUUAGGCCUUACGGUGUGAGUCGCAGCUUUGCGGCGAGUAUCGGCGGACACAAGAACAGAAACAACAGUUUCGCUGGUAGCGAGGAAUCGAUCUUCCAUGCGGAUAACAUAAACCUCCAGCCCACAUCGAACGAGGUCCUUGUACACACAUCAUAUCACGUUAAGACAGAGGAUAAUGUCGGUGGCGCGUCGGACGGUUGGGCAGCCAAUGUAACAACACCAGAGACCGCUGCUUGCAGGGGUCCUGAUGCUGUGUAA